AAGCAACCAACCGACGAAGGAAAUGGCGAAACCUCUGCAAUUCGUAGACUGCAUCUUCCCCUAUAUAAUCCCACUAUAUUUCCUCUCACCCCUUUUGCCAUUUCGCGAUUGCCCGCUACCAAACCCGAUCAUCCCGGAGCAGAAUCGCGCCAAAGUCAGGGAAUUUACUAUAAUCCAAUUAUCGUGAGUUUUACUUGAGCUGUUGCGGUUUCUAAGACAAUGGCAUCGAAAUUCUGGACUCAGCGUGAAAGCGAUUCGGAGGAUGAGGAGAGUGAGUAUGGUGAGGAGGUUGAAACUGGAGGUGGUGAGUCUAGCACCAAAAAAGUGGACAACAAAUACCUGAAGCACAUGAAUGAUAGCGAUAGUGAUGAUUCGGAUGACCAAAAGCGUGUUGUUAGAUCAGUGAAAGACAAGCGUUUCGAUGAGAUGAAUGCCACUGUUGACAGGAUUAAGAAUGCAAAGAACAUAAAUGAUUGGGUCAGCUUGCUUGACUGCUUUGACAAGAUCAAUAAACAGCUUGAGAAGUUCAUGCGGAUCACUGAGUCCGAAAAGGUACCAACACUAUAUAUCAAAGCCCUUGUUUUGUUGGAGGAAUUUUUGAGCCAGGCUCUAACAAAUAAGGAUGCUAAGAAGAAGAUGAGUAGCAGUAAUGCCAAGGCCUUGAACUCAAUGAAGCAGAAACUGAAGAAGAACAAUAAGCAGUAUGAAGAGUUGAUCAACAAGUAUAAGGAGAAUCCUGAGCAGAGCGAAGAGGAUGAAGAAGAUAAGCAGUCGGAAGAGGAGGAAGAAGAUUCUGAAAUUGAGGAUCCUACAGAUAUAGCAGCUUCGGAUGAUGAGGAAGAGGACGAAGAUGAUACCAAGGAUGGUUGGGAAAAGAAAAUGAGUAAGAAGGACAAGCUCAUGGAUAAGCAGUUCAUGAAGGAUCCUCGUGACAUCACAUGGGAUACAAUUAACAAGAAAUUUAAAGAGGUUGUGGCUGCUCGGGGAAGGAAGGGAACCGGAAGGUUUGAGCAAGUUGAGCAGCUUACCUUCUUGACAAAGGUUGCUAAGACCCCUGCACAGAAGCUUGAGAUUCUUUUCAGUCUUGUUUCUGCUCAGUUUGAUGUCAACCCUGGUCUAAGUGGGCACAUGCCUAUACAUGUGUGGAAAAAAUGUGUGCAGAAUAUGCUCAUUAUACUUGAUAUUCUGGUCCAGUAUCCAAACAUGGCUGUAGAUGACAAGGUGGAGCCUGACGAGAAUGAAUCCCAGAAGGGACCCGAUUAUAAUGGAACAAUCAGGGUUUGGGGGAACUUAGUGGCUUUUGUAGAAAGGAUAGAUACCGAGUUCUUCAAGAGCAUGCAGUGCAUCGACCCUCAUACUCGUGAAUACAUUCAAAGACUUCGAGAUGAACCUAUUUUUGUGGUUCUUGCUCAAAAUGUUCAAGAAUAUUUAGAAAAAGUUGGAGAUUUCAAAGCUGCUGCAAAGGUUGCCCUGAGGCGGGUUGAACUCAUUUAUUAUAAGCCUAAUGAAGUUUAUGAUGCUAUGAGAAAACUGGCUGAGCAGAUAGAAGGUGGUGAUGAAGGUGAAGGCCAAGAGCCUAUAGCAGUUGAGGAAAGUCGGGGUCCAGCUACAUUCGUUGUAACUCCUGAGCUUGUACCGCGGAAACCAACCUUUCUGGAGAGUAGUAGGGCCUUGAUGGAUGUUCUGGUUUCUCUUAUCUACAAGUAUGGAGAUGAUCGCACUAAAGCUCGUGCAAUGCUUUGUGACAUUUACCAUCAUGCUCUUCUGGACAAGUUUCCUACUGCCCGUGACCUGCUGCUAAUGAGUCACCUGCAAGAUAGUAUUCAGCACAUGGACAUUUCAACUCAAAUACUUUUUAAUAGAGCCAUGGCGCAACUUGGUCUCUGUGCGUUUCGAAAUGGACUAAUCACUGAAGGACAUAGCUGCCUUUCUGAACUCUAUUCAGGUGGACGAGUGAAGGAACUGCUUGCACAAGGUGUCUCCCAGAGUAGAUAUCAUGAGAAGACUCCAGAACAGGAAAGGCUGGAGAGAAGACGACAAAUGCCCUUCCAUAUGCACAUUAACCCUGAGCUCCUUGAGGCAGUACAUUUGAUCUGUGCGAUGCUGCUGGAAGUUCCUAAUAUGGCAGCAAACAUCCAUGAUACAAAGCGCAGAGUGAUUAGUAGGACAUUCAGACGGUUGCUUGAAAUGAAUGAGAAGCAAACCUUCACAGGUCCCCCUGAAAAUGUCAGGGACCAUGUAUUGGCAGCUACCAGGGCCCUCCGCAAAGGUGACUUUCAAAAGGCCUUUGAUGUUAUGAAUUCCCUUCAUGUCUGGAAGCUCUUAAGGAAUCGGGAGAAUGUUCUUCAGAUGCUCAAGGCUAAGAUCAAGGAGGAGGCUCUGAGGACCUACCUUUUGAGCUAUUCCCGGUCUUAUAAGACAUUAAGCAUGGAACAACUCCCCAAGAUGUUCGACCUCUCAGAGGCCCAGGCUCAUAGCCUUGUUAGCAAGAUGAUGAUCAAUGACGAGCUCCAUGCUAGUUGGGACCAACCGACAAGUUGCAUUGUCUUCCACGACAUUGAGCACAGUAGGUUGCAGGCUCUAGCUUUCCAGUUCACUGAGAAGCUGUCAGUCCUUGCAGAAAGCAAUGAAAGGGCAACAGAGUUGAAGAUAGGUGGUGGUGGGUUAGAUUUACCUACAAGGCGUAGAGACAGCCAGGACUAUGGUGCUGGAACAACUACUUUGAGUGGUAGGUGGCAAGAGAACAUGUCUUUCACCCAAGGAAGACAGGGUGGUGCCACUGGGCGAACAGGUUAUAGAUCAUUGGCAUAUGGUCAUACUGGUGGAGGAGGGUAUCCUAGGGACCGAACAGGUGCAGGUCAGUUCCGAGGAAUGGGUCAAUAUACACGAUAUCAAGAUGCUGCGCAUGGAGGCUCAGGGAGGACUGGCUACCAUCAGUCUGCUUCAUCUGGAAGGGGAUCUCAGAUGGUCAGUCUUAACAGGGGUGUUCGUGCUUAAGGGAACAUAGUAGCAAGACAAGACUGAAAAUUUUGCCCAUUAGAAAGCUAUUAAAGUUUGAUUUCUUGAAUUCAUAUUUAGGCCCUAUGUGGUGCACACCAAAUAAGACAUCUGGAUAGUAUUAAAUAACACAGAACCAGUGUUUACUUUGCUCGUUAUUUUAGCUACUGGCUGAACUUAAAUAUUUAGGCGUUUAGUACACUUCACUUUCAUAAAAGAACUUAAAAACUCGGGUUACCAAGUUCUCACAAUGCUGCAUUCUCCCCUUGGCUCUGUCUUCUCUCCUGCACCAAAGCUCAAGCUCUAGUCAGAUGCUUCAAGCUCUACUCUACGAGAACUGAAGAAAUCACUCUUUGUCCCCAGUUCUUCAAAUUUUUUUCUUCGUCUUCACAGCAAAACUGGAUUUGUUGUUCUCUGAUGUUUUCUUAUGUAUUCAUUUGUUGUUUUUUUUUUUUGGUUAAUCUUUAUGGGGAUAUUGGUUUUGGCUUGUUAUAAUAGGUUGUUUAGGGAUGUGAUGACUGGUAAAUGGGAUUUUUAGCAUUUAUAGAGGCCAUAAUUUUGCUGAGAUCAUAAACAUGUAUGCAUGAUCCUUUGCUUUUUCAGUAAAUGGAUUUAGUCUAGAGUAAUUGUCUUCAUUGGAGGCUUUACAGGAUGUACCGGUUGCCAUCAAAUUUAAUCAUCUUACUUUAUAUUUAAUCAUCUCGAUAAAAUAGAGGUAUAGUUCAGGUACCAUUUGUGAUAAUAACCCUUUUGGUUUUGGCAAAGGAAAGAAGGCUUAAGUUCUCUGGGGUUGUGACUGCUAGAUAUGAUGUCUUUGCUCACAUAUUUUGGGUUCGGUUCCCCUAUUUUUUUUGUUGCCAAAAUUUGUCUCAUUGUAAUCUUGGUUUCUUUCUUGUGGAUUUUAAACAGCUCCAGUCACUGCACUGUAGAAUUUUGCCCUCUUUAAACCAUGCUUCCUUCUGUUAACAUUUUAAUCAACCAGAACUCCAGAAUGGCUUUUGAAAAUUUAAAACCCUGAGGUGUGUUUUCUUAAUUAUUAGAGACAAAUGGUAAAGUGGAGAUCAGGUUAUAUUCAUUCUCUGAUUAGUAAUAGCUAGCUAGCUAGAUCAAGGCCUCAUUUAUCUGAAUUGAUCUAAGGUGCUUAACUAACAUCAUUAAGCAAUAUAUUGGUGAUUAGAUAUUUAGGUGGGCAUGCAAGGCAAAUAUGAAGACUUCCAAAGGUAAGUUGGCGAUCAUCGGGCUCUAGAAGAAGAGAAAGUUUAGGUUUUGGUUCAAGCUUAGGUUGACAUGGGGUAUUCUGGGAUACGUGUCAUGUGCCAAUUUCGUUCUUCUUUUGAGAAUGUAAGAUUUGGAACUGAAAUAUACAAAAUAGUUGUCAGCCAUUAGAGCAUAUCAGAGAGUUCUUACUAAAACAUGAUAGUUCAAUUGAAAGCGUACAUUUUGUGAAAUAAGUUGUAGUCAUCUUACUAUAUUUAAUGUAAGAUAACUAGGACAAUCCUCUUCUGUCCAUACGAGUCGAAUACACCUGUGCUUGUUUGGAUAAGCUUUCCCACAGAGAUUCUUUUGUUUGAGUUAGUCAAGUUACUCGGUUUGAUAUUCAAGUAUUGUCCUAUGCUGAAUUACCUG